GGCAACAACUUUCGAAGAUGUCAAUUUGUAUGGCGGUGCGUCCCUUUUUUGCCAAUCAUUGUCGUAUAUCUGCAAAUAUAUCAAUAUUUACAAUCAAACAAGUCACAUUAAAAGCUUGUGCCAAUAGAAUAACAAACGUACCCCUGAUUAAAAAGGAAUUGUGCGCCUGCGCAUCGACGUCUUUCGCCCCCACUAUCAUGACGUUCGAAUACCCGGAGGCGCGAAGAGAUGAAACCGUCGUCGACGACUACCACGGAACAAAGAUAAAAGAUCCAUACCGCUGGCUAGAAGAUCCAGACUCCAACGAGACCAAAGAGUUCAUAGAGGCAGAAAACAAAAUAACCCGACCCUACCUGGACUCGUGCCCAGUAAAGACGGACAUACACGAGCGACUGACAGAACUGUGGAACUACCCCAAAUACUCUUGUCCGUUCAGGAAGGGCAACAGAUACUUCUUCUUCAAGAACACCGGACUCCAGAACCAGAACGUACUAUACGUACAAGACAGUCUCGACGGUGAGCCGCGUGUGUUUCUCGACCCUAACACAUUAUCAGAGGAUGGCACGAUCGCCCUCUCAGGCAGCAGGUUCACGGACGAUGGUGCCAUCUUCGCGUACGGAUUGUCAGCUAGUGGCUCCGAUUGGAUCAGCAUACACUUGAAGGAUGUGGCCACAGGUGAAAAUUACCCAGAGGUUUUAGAAAAAGUAAAAUUUGCGUCAAUGUCGUGGAGUAAAGACAACAAGGGACUGUUUUAUUCGCGAUACCCUGAACAGACGGGCAAAACGGACGGCUCGGAAACAGAAGUGAAUCGAGACCAGAAAUUAUGCUACCAUCGGCUCAACACGUCGCAGGCUGAAGACAUAAUCGUUGUCGAGUUCCCUGAGGAACCACUGUGGAGAAUUGGAGCGGAGGUGACGGACUGCGGCAAAUACUUGAUCGUGUCACCGGUCAAGGACUGCCGCGACAACCUCCUGUUCUUCGCGGACCUCAGCAAGCACCCAGACAUCACCGGGAAACUGCCACUCACGCAGAUUGUACACAAGUUUGAGGCAGAUUAUGAGUACAUCUCAAACGAGGGUUCAGUGUGCAUAUUCAGAACGAAUAAAAAUGCACCCAACUACAGACUAAUCAAAAUUGACCUGCAGAACCCAGCUGAGGAAAAUUGGGAAACACUUAUACCUGAACACCCUAGCGACGUGUUAGAUUGGGCGGCGGCAGUAGAUAAUAAUAAAUUAGUAAUACAUUACGUCCGGGAUGUAAAGAGCGUGUUACAACUGCACAGCAUGCAGAGCGGCGACCUAAUACAGACGUUCGAUCUGCCCGUCGGCACAGUGGUCGGCUUCUCCGGGAAGAAGGAGUACACAGAAAUCUUCUACCACUUCAUGUCAUUCCUCACGCCGGGCGUCAUUUACCAUGUCGACUUCCAGAAGCAGCCGUACACGCCCACCGUUUUCAGAGAAGUGAAAGUAAAAGGAUUUGAUGCGUCACAAUAUGAGGCUAAACAAAUAUUUUAUUCAAGCAAAGACGGCACUAAAGUUCCUAUGUUUAUAGUAUCUAAGAAGAACCUACCUCGCGACGGCUCGAACCCAGCGCUGGUAUACGGCUACGGCGGCUUCAACAUCAACAUCCAGCCGAGCUUCAGCGUUACGCGGCUCGUGUUCAUGCAGCACUUCAACGGGGUCGUCGCCAUACCCAACAUUAGGGGCGGAGGUGAAUACGGCGAGCGGUGGCACAACGCGGGCCGACUGCUGAACAAGCAGAAUGUAUUUGAUGACUUCCAAGCGGCGGCCGAGUACUUAGUCCGCGAACGGUACACGCGGCCCGCGCUGCUGACCAUACAGGGCGGCUCCAACGGCGGCCUCCUGGUCGCCGCCUGCGCCAACCAGCGGCCCGAUCUCUACGGCGCCGCCAUCGUGCAGGUCGGCGUGCUAGAUAUGCUGCGUUUCCAGAAAUUCACGAUCGGCCACGCGUGGGUCUCGGACUACGGCAGCUCCGAUGAGAAAGUGCACUUCGACAACCUCAUCAAAUACUCGCCUCUGCACAACAUACAUUCGCCAGAUGAUGAGACGGGCGAGUACCCGGCGAUGCUGGUGAUGACAGCGGACCACGACGACCGCGUGGUGCCGCUGCACUCGCUCAAGUUCAUAGCCGCACUGCAGCACGCUGCGCGCCGCUCGCAACAGCGCCGCCCCCUUUUGGCGCGCGUCGACAUCAAAGCAGGCCAUGGCGGCGGCAAACCCACCACUAAAAUCAUUGACGAGCACACAGAUAUUCUCUGCUUCAUGACGCAAGCGCUGGGACUCAAAUUCGUAAAGUGAACGCACCUGCCAUAAUUUCAGGGAUAGUAUUAAUGAAGAGAUUAAUACGAAUAGUAUUAUGUAAAUAUACCACAAGCAUGUACACAACAGUCUGUUGAUUACCUCUGGGUCUUUACUAAGACUGGUGAUAAUUGUUACGCAUUGCUAUUUUUUUAUUAAUAAAACUUUGUUUUUAA